CAUCUACCCCUUUCAACGUGCGCGACGACGGCUGGGCAGGCGAGAACACCAUGACGGAUCAAAUUCGAUCAAACGUGAUCAGGGACAAUCCUAUUGGAAUCAGCCAGUAUGGUUUCCGCGCCUGGUUCGAUUCGAUCUGUCAAGACAGAAGCAUUGCACGCUCAUCAGAGGCAAUUGAUGCGCUUGAUGAAGAAGGUAUGGGAUCCUAACUGGCCACAUUGCAAUGUGUUUCUUUAACCAGCACAUAGAUCUGCGGAAUCUUGCACUCC